UAGAAAUGUGUUCAAUUGAAAAAAUUUUAGUGUCAAUAGUUUUGUUCACCAUUUUACGAUUGGAAACAUAUCUUUGUGCAAAAAACAAUAGCAAAAUCAUAAUGGCGGAUGCUAAGGAAAAUUAUAAAUUCUUGAUAACCGGCGGUUAUCGUCCUAAGAUAGAUAAUUUGGCAAAAUAUGUUGUCUCCAUUCGAGGAAGCAAACACAAAUGGUUUUUUGGAGAUGAUCACAAAUGUGGCGGCUCCAUAAUCUCACCCAAAGUUAUUCUGACCGCAGCACAUUGUGUCUGUAGGCGCCACAGCCGAAUACGGCUGAAACCGUCAGAUUUAACGGUCGUGGCGGGGACCCCGAGGCGUUUGGUACCAACUGAAACAACACAAGUCUUAAAAGUUGAUAAAAUUAUACGACACGUCUACUACAAGCCUUUAACUUUUCGAAAUGAUAUUGGUAUAUUGUUGUUGGUAAAAAAUAUAUAUGAAGACGGUGUUGCCGUGCAGAGGAUUAGUCUGCAAACCCACCCAUUACCGCCUUAUACUAAAUGCACCGUGCUUGGCUGGGGUCGAAUUUUUUUCAGGGGCCCGAUGCCAGAUGUAAUAUUACAUGUGGAUGUCUAUAUAUUGCCAGACAAUUACUGUGACGCUAGAACUGACAAAUAUGCUUUUGGCAUGAUGUGUGCUGGCGAUUUGGAUGAUCCUGAGAAAGAUUCGUGCAGUGGUGAUUCGGGUGGUCCGCUGAUAUGUAAUGGCAGUGUAACGGGCAUUGUAUCAUUUGGCGUUAAAUGUGGUAUACCCGAACAUGCCGGUUAUUACACCGAUGUGACUUCGUAUCUUGAUUGGAUUCGUGCGAACGGUUUCAGUAAAUUGAGACCUGUAAAUUUGAUUUUGCUAGUUGUAUUACAAAUUCUCUUAAUGAAAGGUGUGUGAAGCGCAUAACUGACAAUUACAUAGAAAAUUAACGGUUGUUGUUAUUGCAACAGUUAAAUUAAACUAAGUUUUAUGAGAAAAGAGUUUUUAUGUGUCAGAAGAGGAGUCAGGAAUGCAGAGUUGACAACGUUUUAAUGCAGGUGAGCGUGUUGAAUAAAGCGAGAUCGACUUAAUGUUUCCCGAACCAGUAUCGGACAGGUUGUUACCGUAAGCGGUGUAAUAAUAUAAUAGCAGUUUUUGAUGUAAUCCAAAUCACGGACUUUUACAAAAAUUUACCUUUCUAAUUUCCUAGGAAGUCAAUUAGAUGACGACAGUUGCUGUCUUCGUCUAAUAGCAAGCUUCAAAGGCAUAACGUACAUAAAUAAUUUAUACAAUAGAAUAGUAAAUAUUCUUAUAGUUAAUAUAAACAGUUUAACAACAAAAUACUAUUUGAGCUCAGUUCACCUAUGGCAACGUAGCAUUUACAACGACUUAUUAACGUAUUUAAGUACAUACAUACAUACAUA